AGUAGGAGCACUAAAAGACCUACGCUUCGUUUCAGUGAUAUAUCAUGAUGAUGAUACACCCUUGCCACCCCUUCUUCCUCCCACGUGACGUUGUUUUCGAAUGGAAAAAUUAGGAGAAGGGAACAAAAUCUAUUUCACGACAUUACAUGAUACUCACUUAUGUGCAUGUUGUGAAAUGAAAGAGACCUUUCUUGUAAACGAUGCGAAAACCUUCGCGAAUUUUACGCUUCAACCAAAACUUGAUUUACCGAAUGUAACACCCUCGUCCACCACAACAAGCUAGUCGUGUGCUGGAUCAUCAUGAAAUGAUAAAUGCGGCCAAUCAAUAGUACUUUCGAGACCCACCUGCCCGGAUGACGACGUUGACCGAGAAGAUAGUAGACGAGAUUGGUCGUUGCGCCGCCACCUUGUAGUGGCAACAACAUUCCCACCUCCAGACGAGAGGUCCAUUGGCAAGAAUCCAAUGCGGUCGGAAAAAAUGCCAGAGCCACCAGGAAGCCCUGUUCCGAAAGCAGGAACGGAUCGCGCUGCUUCGAGUUGUUGUAAAGCGAAAAGUCGGGCUCCGAGCCCGAAUGUUGCGGAACAAUACCAAAAAGCGGCGAGGCUCUUGAUGAAAAAGAAGAGAGACUACAAGUCUACCUCAUCAUGUUCCUGUCAAGCGCGCGCGGGAAUUUCGUCGUGUCUGCGACGACUGGAAACGGCGAGGUUGAGUAUCGGUCUUUCGCGCAGCACCCGUGAUCAUGUCCUACAAAUAGCGAUGGUCGCAGGAGACACAGCAAGAAAAGCGGUUGCUUUCCAUCAACCCGAUUGGUGGACAAGAUGGAGUUCUCAACGACCGUGUGGUGCUGCGCGACCUCUUUUACGUAAAAAUACCGGGGAAAGCGAUGAAAGUGCGGUGGAUCUUAAGCAGAACGCCACGACGCACGGGUCGUGCCGCGGCGCUGGGAAAAAUAGGAGCACCAGACUCUGUGUGUUCAUUGGUGAAGUCGUGCUGUGCAUCAGUUCGCUCGUGCUCGAAACCAUAGUACUUGUACAAGGACCAGGGACAGAACUCCUCUCGACCACCAUGAAUCACAGCAGCCGUUGGUGGAAGAAAACGACGGCAGUUGUGGCAAAGUUGCGACGCGGCCGAAAACCGCCGGCCACGGGGCCGUGGAGCCACUUCGUCGCGGCGUUGCGCAGCCGCCUGGUGUUUCUGCUGGUCUUGCUUCUUUUGCCGACGCCGCUAGUCCUGGUGUUUUUCGACACCACACAAUUCGCCUUCUUCGAGAAGCAGGAACAGCAGAUGUUGCAAGACUUCCACAUGCGCGAGCAGCACUGGCGGGAGCAGUUUUUGGACCUCCGGGUGGACGAGGAGGAGGCUAGUACACGAAGAGCACAUUUUGUUCAACAUCAUGAAGAUAAUUCAAAUUCCAGCCCGGAUGUUCCGUCCUCCCAGUUGUUCUCUAGAACUUGGCGGCACAGUCUGGCACAAGGAGCGCGACAGUCUGCAGCUUCCGCUUUAUUUGCGAAUAAACCUUGUACGACUAGAAGAAUCCAAGGCGAGGAGGACGGUCGUUCUUGUAUUUUCGACGUGCCGCUCAAGGAGGAGAUCGUGGACCUGAUGCAGCAGCGUGAUCUCAUUUACCCACAGCACAUUGAACUACUACCACUUAGGGCUCUCGCCCAGCCACGGGAGCCGAAGCACCCGCGCAGCUUCGGAGAGGGAAUUCUUUAUCUAAGUCAGAAACUAGCUGUACUACCUGCUGCAGCAGCAGUAGAAACUGCUUCAUCUACAAGUACAGCCACGAAGAUGAUGAACAAGAGCCACCUGAUCUACGACCCGCGCGGGAGGGGAAGGGCGAGGAGUACAAUUGCUGCAUUGAUGAAAGGCAGUACUAUACCAGCCAAUGAUCUUCUCCGCCAGGUCCUCGUGAAGAUGUCGCAGCUGGACAAAAAUUCUUCGUUCCGUACGACAAGUUCUUCUACUUCCGGAGCUCGACAUCCUGCUGCGACAUCAAAAAAGUGGUCGUGGUCGUGGUCCUCUCCUUAUUUACUCCGGUUGUUCCGUCGCGGCCGGCCGCGGAAGUUGCUGCUUAUUUCCAACGCGCAGGAACUACCGAAAGUUCGACUGCUCGUUUCGCAGGAUCCGAAAGUUUGUAGAAAACAAAUAGUAAAACUAUUUGAAAACUUGUAUAAAAAUCGACCAACAGAGGUCUACCAGCAGAAUAAAAUAUCGAUGCCGGACAACAAAGAAAAACUGGAAGAGAUUCGCAAAAAUGCCCACAGGAGUGCUAUGCAUAGAGUAGCUUCUGGCUUUUAUAGAGAAUUGACUUUUCAGGAAUUCAAAAGCGCUAUUACUAGGCUUGAGAAAGAAAAAUCGCCAGGAUAUGACAAUACUCCGCACGAGAUAAUAAAAGGCCUGCGAGGCAAAGGGCAAGAACUACUGUACAGACUUUUUUAUGUUAUUUUAAAGCAUGACAGCUUUCCCAAAAUAGGGAAUCUUGCACAACUGGCACCGGUGCAAAAGACAAAAGACCUUCCAUUUUGUGAGAUGCAUUACCGUCCGGUAUCGCUGCUGAGUGUAUACAGCAAAUUGUUUGAAGCCAUAGUCGACACGAGAAUGAAUCAAUGGCUCGAAGGAUACGAAUGGCUCGGCGGGAAGAUCACGCACAAAACGGAGCCAGUGCUGCCAAGAAACAGCAUCGCCUACAGGCAGGGAUACUCGAAGGAGGACUCAUGCGUAAGACUGUGCGACUUUUUAUAUGCAAAGAUGGAGCAAAAUUUAAAUGAUCCAAAAUACGUGCUGCUGAACGAUAACAUAGCAGGUUUUGAUGUAGUGGAGCAUGAGACAUUAAUAAACACAGCGAAAAUGGAAAACAUGCCUGAUGAUUUACUGGGGGUGAUUAUUAGCUGGCUUAGUGGAAGGACGGUGAAGAUAAGGGAAGGGUCUAGGGUCUGGGUGCUACGGCCGGGCAUGCCCCAAGGGUCUCCGCUUUCAGGUGGGGUGUUUAACCUGCACCACAUCCCGCUAAUAAGGUACUUGAUGGAGUUAAACCCCAACGGCAUAGUAACGCAGUAUUCCGACGAUAAUACGCAAACAGGCUUCUUGAGCAUGCUGAGCAAAAUGAAAAGCUCGCUGAUCGAUUUUGGUCGCAAGUUUUUUAUUUUCUUUGAGAAGGACAAGAGCGAGACCAUCUUCUACAGCCAGAACUACAAAGAUGAUCCGCAAGAAGCGGGAAGAUCUCUAGGCUUCUUGUUCGAUGGCACGUGGACGCACAACGCUAUGUCGGACAAGAUCUUGAAAGACAUGACAAGGGAAGCUAACGUCUGCCUAGGGUUGAAAACGCUGAGAACUACCAAGAAGGUAGACGUGUUCGAAAGUCUUUGCUAUUCUGCCCUCUCUAGCACGGGGUCGCCUCAGUAUCCCUACUUCUCCUCUGCUGCAAAGUUGAAAAUUGAAAAUACAGUUUCCAAUAAAUUAAAAGUUUUGCUAGGUCUGCCCAAACGGGCUCCCUCUACCGCUUUAUACGAAAGCACGGGGUUAGUUAGGCCUCACAUAAUGUUUUUGCGCGAGUGCUUAAUGUGUUUUUACAAAGGCCUCGCGAAAAACUUAUGGGAAGAAAGCGGCGAGGAACUGACACAAGCUGAGUACGGAAUAAUAAAUAACAACAUGGUGAACCCGAUAGCAGGAGAACCAAUAAGAGAAAAGUGGACUUCUAUAAUGAGAACAAUCAGCAUGGAAAGACUAAAGGAUAUUCAUGAAGCACUUGUUGCAGCACCGCUAAAAAUCAUCCGCCGCUGCUGGCGGGGAGUCAGAAUGUCGGUGCACACUAUGGAUGAUGUAGGACGACAGUGGGGCUACGACAGCCUCACAGCAAUCAGCAGCGAGGACGAGAUCAAUCGCACGAGGAAAAGAAUAUCUUGGAGACAAGACCGAGAAAUACGACGAAAGUUGCAGGAUGCAGGACAUCUGGUAAUUGCCACCGACGGCAGUGCCUCCGCGGGGGAAGGGCACUAUGGCGGCUGUGGAGGAGCGACAUGGUGGGCGAGCGAUCUCAACUGCGAUCAUGUGAUCAAUGAAGAUUUCGCGGAUUGGUACCCAGUGGAGCCGAUCUGCACUUCGACUGCCAUCGUGGAAACGCCAAUAAAAGACGCGCAAGUAGAUUCUUUUGAUGCUGAGACAUAUGCGUUAGUGCACCAAACGAAAAAGACGACGGAGCACCUCAGGAUCAACAACCUGUCGCAUCUGAUAACGAAGGUCAGCUUUUAUCUGGACCCAAACAGUGUGCUCGAAGGAUUAGCAAAUAUGCAUGAAAAAUCGAACAUCAUGUUCUUUCACAUUAUGCACGCCCUGGAAGAAUUACGCGACCAGUGCAUGAAAUUCCGAUGCAAGUACAAGCAUGAAGAUCCCAUGAUGCCUGCAAUAGCACCUGAAAACGAGAUUGAGUUUGUAUUUAUUUGGAAUGCAGGACAUAGCGGUCUAUUUUUCAAUGAUUUGGUUGACAGCAUAGCAGGACAGGCACUUGACAGACACGAAAGAGCACUGGAAAAAGGGGUGACCACGCAAGUAUAUAAGAAAGAAAUUACAGCAUCAAUACUACGUAGAAUACUUACGCGUCGCAUAAGAUACUGGAUCGGAGUAGCUGAAUUCAAGCCAACCAGCGCACCGCAGCUGGUGGAGCGGGCAAGGGAAUUUGGGCCAUUCAGACCAAAAGCAGGCACCUUCCCAACAAGAUACCUAGAACAGCUCUACUUUUAUCUUUUUUCAGGAGUAGUGCCAAGUGGCAUUCUGGGAGCAGGAAUGGCAACGCAUGAAGAUGAUGAUGAUGACCCUGACAAGAAAAAAUACUUUCAAAAAUGCAUGCUAUGUGAAGAAGUAACAGAGGGGCAUGCGUCCCAUUUGGUUAUGGACUGUCGUUGUCCAGCAGCUUUAACAGCUAGACAUUUAAUUUUAGGGGCUGCGACGAUUCCGUUGACAAUGGAAAACGAAAAAGAAAUAUUUGCGCAACCGCAAAAAGUAUUCCGAUUUUUACAUGAAACAAACAAGGGGAAAAAGUUCCUGAAAAAUUUUGCAUGCGAGCAGAUCAAAAAAAACCUGCACUGCAUACGGCCCAGGAUGAAGGCGGACACGAAAACAAAAAAACAGGAGGAGAACACAUAUGAAAAACUAGGGUGGCAGUAUAAGAGUAUAGAAAAAGAACUUCUGUUAGACCAUGAAGAAGAUGAGUAA